AUGGGUGGCGGCGGCAGCGAAGGCAGUGGCGGAGGCGGCGGGGCGAGUGUGCGGGAGACUCGUGACUUUGCCAAUGUUGCGUCGUUCUCGGAGUUGCCUUUCCUGCGGUCCGCCCCUCCACGCGAAAGCUCAAACUCUGGCAUCCGUCUCUUCGGCAUUGAUGUCCCGCCUGCAUCACCUGAGGGCAGAACGAAGGAAGCUGCCGCUGUAGGCGGCAGCGCCACCUCUGCUGCCGCCACACAAAGCAGCAGUGGCACUGCCAUCGCGGCUAAUGCUGCCCCCGACAGCAACCGCAAGUUUGAGUGUCACUACUGCUGCAGGCACUUCCCGACGUCGCAGGCGCUCGGGGGACACCAGAACGCGCACAAGCGCGAGAGGCAGCACGCGAAGCGAGUGCAGAUGCAGUCAGCGAUGGCCGCCGCGGCGGCUGCUGCUGGCGGAGUGCACCACCACCACCUCCUCGGCUACCCGCAGCACCGCUUCGGGGCCACAUUGUACCCGUCGUGGCCCACGGUGAAUGGCGGCAGCAGCGCUGCCUUCUCCUAUGGGCAGCAGUUCUACAGAGGCAUCGGUUCAGUCGGCCAGCCGAUCAACGGGAACCCUCUGCCUGGGGCGCUCUGGAGGGGGCCAGUGGCUUCACAUGGGAACACGGGCAUGCCGUUGGCCGGAGAGCGGCGGCCGGUGGCGCUGUCCAUGUUCGGAGGAGACGAGCCAAGAGCUUCUGCUUCUCUUGGGGCGCCCUCCUCUUCUUCUUCAUCCUCUUUGGUGCUGUCCCCGCAAGGUCAGUUUACUUGUGAGCAGCCAGCGACCACGGCGGCACCCGAGGGUGUGAGCUUAGAUUUGCAUCUAUAAGUGCCUU